CAAAGGUUCACAUGAAUAAAGAUCGUUCAGAGAUUGAGCAGCUUAUACAACAGUAAGCAUCACUAGAGCUCAGGGAUACCUCCUGCUUAACCAGGACUGAUCAUCAAAGUACUCCAGAUCUUCCCACUUGGUCCAAUGAUGUCUGCAGGUGCCUAGCUCUGUGUAAUCUAGGGACACAUUGUAUCAGAUGGAACAAUCACUUCCUCCCUGGCUACUUAGUUGAAAAUAUAUAUUUUUAUGGCUUAGAAAAUUCCAUCUCCCGAUCUCUGAGGAUGCGUGAAACUUCUUGAUUACAUCCACACUAUGAUUGUAUCUGUUCUAUCGGGCUUCAGAUAUUUCCAGUGCUUUUAACUGAAUGCGUUUUUUCAUUAAUGUGAAAGUCUCGCUAUCUGACUAAAAGGAUUUUAUCAUAAUGGCAAGACUCUCAAAUCCUUCCCUUUGUUGCAGAGGAAUCAUCAGUGACCCGUCUUAUCUGUCCCAGUUGGGAAAGAUAUUUCUAUGAAAUGCAGAACUAGUUACUCGCAAUUGCAAAUGGGAAUUUGGAACAACAUUGAAGCAGAUACUAAAAUAAUUGUGUUUGACUUGAACAAACUUCUUGCAAAAUCCCCAAGGAUGGGAUUCCAUGCCAAAUCAAUGGUCCUGUCUCACUGGCUUUUCCUGGCCUACGUGCUAAUGGUGUGCUGCAAAGCGUUGUCUGCCUCUAGCUUCCAUUCCCGAGGGCAAACAGGACAUCACCAAGUCAAACAAGGGACCUGCGAAGUUGUUGCAAUUCAUCGAUGUUGCAAUAAAAACAGGAUUGAAGAACGGUCCCAAACUGUGAAGUGCUCCUGUUUCCCCGGCCAGGUUGCUGGGACCACCAGGGCUAAGCCGUCAUGUGUGGAAGCUUCUAUUGUUGCUCACAAAUGGUGGUGUCAGAUGAGCCCCUGUAUGGAAGGUGAAGAUUGCAAAGUAUUACCGGAUCUUACAGGCUGGUCCUGCAGCAGUGGAAACAAAAUAAAAACUACUAAGGUGACGCGGUAGCAAACAAAGAAUCUAUUGGAGCAAGACAUGAAACUGGAGAAGAACAUUGGUUUACACCAUAUGAACUCAGUUUCCUCCUAUCAGAUUAUUCCGCACUUAUUUCAAUAAUUGCCUCCUAGAAUUUAUGUGGAUUAGGAAAAACAAUGUUUCUACAGGUUUCUGGAACUGGAAACCAGAGAUGAUUCAUAAGACACCUUUUCUGGUACAGAGAAUAAAAUGUUGUUCAAAUAUUGGAAUGAUGUAAUAUCAUGAACUGUGUGGACCUACAAAUCAAAACUGGAUUCCAUUUGUCUCUUGAAGGCCACUUGAUUAGUGUAUUUCAUUUUGGAUUAUAAAAACUUGAAGGUCAAGUUGAAGACAAAACAUUGCCAUGGACACUGACAAUCUACUUUGCUAUGGCAGUUAUGAAAAACUUUGCAGAACAAAAGUCUAAUGUACUAAAAUAUUGCAAUGAUGAAGAAAGACAUUGUUCUAGUACCAACUUUAUUAAACAAAUGCUGUUUCUAACUGUAGUUAAAAAGUAGAAGAUAUAAAAUAUUUUGAGUAGCUAUAAUUUUUUUUCAGUAGUCCUUAAUGUUACAUUUGUAUUGUUUAAAGGACCUUUUAUUUUAUCUUUUGGUGCCCAAUUAAAGAACCUACCACUUCUCUCUACCAUUUCUCUCUACCAAUUAAAGAAGCUACCAUUUCUCUCUGUCCGUCAUAUCCAAUGUUCGUCAAAAGAUGGCCCAUGUACUUCUGUAAUGCCCUUAAGAAAUCUGUAUAGGACAAACAUAAAAUGUUAAUUAGUUUUAGUAGACUAUUGCAGAGCUAUUUUUCUUGAAUAGAUUUCAAUGGCAGUUAUUUGAAAUAGUCUUAAAGAGAAACGGGAAAGAAUAUUAAAAGACGGAAGAUCUAUAAUUACCUGGUUUUAUAUCCUUCUUUGGGUAUUCU